AUGCGCCAUCAACUUUUAUUCGCAUUUAUUGCGCCUGCAGCAUUGGCAGCACCAUCCAUAUUGGAAUCCCGUGGUGGUGACUGUCGACAAGGAUAUACUUUAUGUUCUCCCGCUGGCGCCACAAACGCUAAUACCCCACAAAUUGGAGAUUCGGAUUUCGUGAAUCUAUUCCAAGAUAUUGUUCUCUCAUCUUUGCCUGCGAACAAACGAUCACUUCCUUCCUCUUCAGAAGUCAUUUUCGAAAAACGUGAUUCGCCUUCACUAUGCUGCGUUUCUUCUUUAAACUGUCUCACCAUGCACUCUCUGAAUAUUCCAUUCUGCUACGACCAAUUCACAACCAACUAUUAUCUCCCAGAUGAUAGUUAUGGAACGGUAGUAGGAGGUUCUUAUACUUCCCCAUCUGGCGCUACUGCAAAUUUGGAAAGUGGAGAUUAUACAGAUAAAGAUGGAACAACGGGAAAUAUCUAUAGUAGCGACGAAGCCGCCAAACCCAACACAGCAACUCUACCCAUGCCCACUCAGUUCACAGCCAGUGGAAUUGGAAGUGCCAUUCCCGCCUCUGCUUUAGGCGGAGUAACAAUUACAUAUACAACCACACUCCCAGCUAGCACCAUCCCCGCUACUACGAUUCCCGCAACUACCAUCCCCGCCAGCGUUUCCUCUCAAACAAUCUCAGUAUCAAGGACAAUCACGACUUCGAUUGGAGGAAGUCAAGUUGUAAGUACAGAUAUUGAGGUGGAUACCAGGCAGACGACGAUUCCGGGAACGACGAGAAGUGCGAGUACUAGGAGUGCAAGUACGGUUAGUGAGAGUGUGGCGACUAUUACGACGGUUGUGGCUAGUGAUAGUGCUUCUGCGUUGGGUAGCGCGGCGGGGGCGACGGCUAGUGCGAAGGGGAAGAGUGGAGGUGGAAAGGUGGAAGUGCAGAUGGUGUUUUUGGGUGUUUUCGGGGUUAUGGCUCUGGUUUUGUAG